ACCCCACAGCCACAGGCGCACGAAGCCAUAUCGCGAGUGUGUGAGUGUGAGUGAGUGUCUAGGCGGCCAUGGCAGCACAGUCGAUGCUCAUGUCCGGCGUCAGCGGCGUGGCCUCCGGCAGGAGCCUCCUGCAGGCCGCCCGCCCCGCCGCCACGCCAUUCUCGCGGCUCGCGCUAUCUUCGUCGCCGUCCUACUACAAGCACAUGCCGUCCCUCUCCGUCAGGACCAUGGCCCUCUUCGGCAAGUCUAAGACCAAGGCCGCGCCGGCCAAGAAGGUCGCUGCGCCCAAGCCCAAGACCGAGGACGGCAUCUUCGGCACCUCCGGCGGGAUCGGGUUCACCAAGGAGAACGAGCUCUUCGUCGGCCGUGUUGCCAUGAUUGGCUUUGCCGCAUCGAUAUUGGGAGAGGCCAUCACCGGCAAGGGUAUCCUGUCCCAGCUGAACCUUGAGACCGGCAUCCCGAUCUACGAGGCGGAGCCCCUCCUCCUCUUCUUCAUCCUCUUCACCCUCCUCGGCGCCAUCGGUGCCCUCGGUGACCGUGGAAGGUUCGUCGACGAGCAGCCCACCGGCCUCGACAAGGCCGUCAUCGCCCCCGGCAAAGGCUUCCGCUCUGCCCUCGGCCUCAGCGAGGGAGGGCCGCUCUUUGGGUUCACCAAGUCGAACGAGCUGUUCGUGGGGCGGCUGGCGCAGCUGGGUAUCGCCUUCUCCAUCAUCGGGGAGAUCAUCACCGGGAAGGGCGCGCUGGCGCAGCUCAACAUCGAGACCGGUGUGCCCAUCGCCGAGAUCGAGCCGCUCGUGCUCUUCAACGUCGUCUUCUUCUUCAUCGCCGCCAUCAACCCUGGAACCGGCAAGUUCAUCAGCGGCGAGGACGACGACUAGAUCGAUGUAUAUGUAUCAUGAGCACGCGGUCGUUUUUGCCACUCUCUAAUUGUACGUCCGGUGUGCUUUCUUUGUUGUGUUACGUGAGAACCUUGAACUGUACGUAGGUGUAAGAAGAAAUUGGUCGUAAAUUGCCUUCUGAAAAUAAGAGAUAGUUAAUUUGUCAA